GCGGAACGAGAACGAGAAAUUUCGUGGAACGGAACGGAGAAUUCAACCGUGCCGAACUUUGUACCCUGGAAGAACAGACAAUCCCCGCCAGCUGCGAAACGGCUCUCUCCAGCAACAAGCGAGAAAAUGAACCCCUUUCAAUCAGUCUCAGGAGCUCCCUCCUUCACACCCCUCACCUCUGCAGCCACAUCCGGGAGCAGUGCCUACCCUAGUACCUCGUGGGCCGAAGGCAGCGGCUCGUCACUGAAGGAUCUUGUCAGUUCCCCUGUUGCUGCCACUCCCCCCUCAACCCACUCAAUAUUUGGCUCCGUGGGGGGCAGCGGGGGCAAAAAUACCCCCGGGACAGUUGAUAGAGACCAGGUGUUCCAGUGGAUCCAGGAGCUCACUAGCCCCAGCACACGAGAGCAUGCCCUCAUUGAGCUGAGUCGAAAGAGAGAGGUCCUCCCCGAUCUGGCUCCCAUGCUGUGGCACUCUUUCGGGACCAUGGCGGCCCUCCUCCAGGAGAUCGUCAUGAUCUACCCCGUCAUCAACCCACCCACUCUCACCGCUCAACAGUCCAACAGAGUCUGCAAUGCCCUGGCUCUCCUCCAGUGUGUCGCCUCUCACCCUGAAACCAGGACCACCUUCCUGAAUGCUCACAUCCCUCUCUUCCUCUACCCGUUCCUUCACACUGUCAGUAAAUCUCGACCGUUUGAAUACCUUCGGCUCACAAGUCUCGGUGUAGUUGGUGCACUAGUAAAGACUGAUGAACAAGACGUCAUCAAUUUCCUACUAACGACGGAGAUUAUCCCGCUCUGCCUCCGGAUCAUGGAGUCAGGGAGCGAGCUCUCAAAGACGGUGGCAACGUUCAUCUUGCAGAAGAUACUGCUGGACGAGACCGGACUGUCGUACAUCUGCCAGACCUUCGAGAGAUUCUCUCACGUCUCAACUGUUCUGUCGAAAAUGGUGCAGACCCUGUCCAACGAACCCUCGUCAAGACUUCUGAAACAUGUCGUCAGGUGCUACCUCCGUCUCUCUGACAACCCAAGGGCUAAAGAGGCCCUCCGACAGUGUCUACCUGUCCAGCUACAAGACGCCACGUUCUCCUCAGUCCUCAAGGAAGACGGGACCACCAAGAAAUGGCUCCUCCAGCUCCUCUCCAGCCUGGGACUGGAGCUGCCCCCAACCUCUUCACCCACCAUCACCUCCUCCUCCUCCACCUUCACUGACAACAGACCUCACCCCUCCCCCAAUGUCCAUAUAUCACAGUGACCGUCAUGAUGUAAUGAUUACUUCGUGAUGAUGUCAUAGUGAUGUAAUCACACACUCUGUUGCCACAGUAAUGGGCCAUACAUACAUCAGCAUGCACACCACCAGUUGCUGGAUUCACCACACACUAACAACAUCCACCAUUAUAAUUACAUGAUAGAUCACAUUCACAGCAUGCCAUGAAUAGCUUUAUUAGACGGCAGGUGCAAUAUAAUUAUUUUCUAUCAUGAAUCCCUGUUUAUAAUUAUGUACCAUGUGAACUACGAGGUAGAGGCACAACAACAAAUCAACUAUAUAUAUAUACACCCAGGACAAAGAAGAACCGCCCUGGGUGGGAUUUGAACCCAUGACACCCUGCAGUCUGCACGGG